UCAAUAAUAGCCAAUCGCAUGAUGUGGUCAGGAGUUUAAAGGAGUGUGUGUUUUGAGGUCUGUUUUCUGAGCAGGUCAUGAUGGAUCGAGCAGCUCUCAGACUGAUUCUCUUGAGCGUCUUUCUCAUCUCAGCCAGUUCACAACCUGUGAAGAAGAAACAAGAUGUGGAUAUAUACAGCUUCUACAUUAACUCCACGGUCACCAGUCGCUACGCCACAACGGUCAUCACAAGCCGUGUGGCGAACACACUGAAUGAAUCUCAAGAGAUCCAGUUUGAGGUCAAGAUACCCAAGACUGCCUUCAUCAGCAAAUUCAGAAUGACCAUAGAGGGGAAGACAUAUGAUGGUGUUGUGAAGGAAAAACAGGAAGCUCAGCAGCAGUACAGUGAAGCAGUAUCUCGAGGACAAAGUGCUGGACUGAUCAAAUCUGUUGGAAGGACUUUAGAAGACUUUAAAACUUCAGUGUCGGUGGCUGCUUUUAGUAAAGUGACCUUUGAGUUGACCUACGAAGAACUGCUAAAGCGCCGCCUCGGCAAAUAUGAGUUACUCAUCAAUGCCCAACCGAUGCAGCCGGUGGCAGAUUUCAAGAUGGAUGUGCACAUCCAAGAGAAACCAGGAAUUUCCUUCUUGGAGGUGAAAGGAGAUUUGAGCACCGGUGAUCUGGCCAAUGCCAUCAAAACCACCAGAGCAGACAAAGACGCAUGGGUGACCUUCUACCCCACUCGAGAUCAACAGACCAAGUGUAAAAGCUGUGGAGAAAAUGGGCUGAAUGGUGACCUGCUUAUAACAUACGAUGUUGAGAGACGAAAUCCCAAAGGAGAAGUCAUGGUAUCAAAUGGCUAUUUUGUCCACUACUUUGCACCCUCUGAUGUUCCACGUAUUCCCAAAAAUGUGGUGUUUAUCAUUGACCGGAGCGGUUCUAUGCACGGCAGAAAAAUAGAUCAGACUCGUUUGGCACUGCUAAGGAUUUUAAGUGAUCUUGAUGAGGAUGACCACUUUGGAUUGAUCACCUUCGAUCAUUCAGUUGACAAAUGGAAGCGUGAACUCCUGAAAGCUACAAAGCAAAACCUGGAGAAUGCAAAAUCAUUUGUGAAGGAGAUCAGAGAUGGAGGAGCCACAGACAUAAACGCUGCAGUUCUAGCAGGAGUGGACAUGAUCAAUCGACAUCCACGAGAGGGAACCGCCUCCAUCCUGAUCCUGCUGACUGAUGGAGAUCCCACUUCAGGUGAAACUAACAUAGAGAGAAUAAUGGCCAAUGUGAAAAAGGCCAUUGGGCUGAAGUUUCCCCUCUAUUGUCUUGGUUUUGGACAUGAUGUUAACUUUGACUUCCUGACAAAGAUGUCACUGGAAAAUGGUGGAGUCGCUCGCAGGAUUUAUGAAGAUUCGGACGCUGAUCUACAGCUGCAGGGCUUCUAUGAUGAAGUUGCCGUCCCUCUCCUCACUGAUAUUCAACUUCAAUACACAGGAGGGACAAACCUUACCAAGACCAGCUUUAACCUGUACUUCAACGGCUCUGAGAUUGUGGUUUCAGGACAAAUCACAGACAACAGUGUGGAGAGUUUCAGCACUGAAGUCAUUGCAGUAUCAAAAGGCAGUAGUGUGACGUAUCAGGACACUGUAAUGAUAAAAGACCCCAGUGAUGUCCCACCUGAGAAUGAAGAUUUCAUGCAGAGACUGUGGGCCUACCUGACAGUGAAGCAACUUCUGGAAAGACAAGUGCUUCUUAAAGGACAAGAGAAAGAGGAUGAAGAGAAAGAAGCUCUCAAACUCUCUCUGAAAUACCAGUUUGUCACCCCCCUCACCUCUAUGGUCGUCACUAAGCCACAGAAGGAUGAAGUGGAAGUUGCCGACAAACCCAAAGAGGGAGGAGAGGAUCCCAGACCUCCAGUAAUGGGUUUCCGUCCUUCAUCCUAUAAUCCUAUUGCAUCACCAGGAUUUAGUCAGUACCAUUUCAGUCCCGGUCAGCCUGGUCAGCCCGGUCUGCCUGGUCCACCUGGUCAGCCUGGUCGACACGGUCUGGGUGGUGGUUGGCUUCGUCCGCCUCCUGCUCAUCCAUGGAUCCAUGGUUUUGAUGGUAUGCUGAUGUCCAGAUUUCAUCAAAUGCCCAUGAUUCCAUGGGAGAGUGAAGAAAGUGUUCUCCCUACUAUGUUAGUUCCAACAGUUCGUAGCAAUCGGUUCCUGCUGUCUGCUGCUGGUCAGUCUAAGCCACUUUGUUUUGAUGUUCCUCUUCCUCACAAACUCAAACUGCUACAGGAUUCUGCUUCAGAGUUCUCUAUGAAUGGAGAAUCCAUGACUAGACGAAAGGGAUUCAGUCAAAUUGCCUUUCAUUAUAAAACAAACCAUCGCCUGACAAUAAACACAAGGUCUAUCAGAUACCACGAUGGCCAGAAUGAUGUUGAGUUUUUGUGGGGCCAGGAACCCACUCAACACAGUACAGAGGGCGUGUCUCUGAUUCUACGGAGCAAUGAAAUGGAUGUUACAAUGGGAAACAUACGCGUUGUUAUUCUUCUUCACAAGAAAAAUCAUAAUGUGUUUCUGUGGCCUGCCAUUCGGCAACAGCCAAAAGAUGUCAGUUUGAUGGGUAUUUUAGGAAAAGCUGAGGCUUCAUAUGAGGAGAUUCAAGGAUCUCAAACACCAACUCUAAAGAUAAUGGACCAGGAAGUGAAGGCGAGCUGGGAGGAUGUCACAGACUACACACUUCCUUCAACUCCAGUUAUCAGAUGUUUGCUUGUCCCGUUCCAGGCUGUGAUGCAGGGAGACAUUUCUGAUUUCACUGUCACUCAGCUGUAGAGUUCAAAGUGGACAAAUUAUAAACUGGGAUAGAGCAUGUUUCUGUGUAAAACACUUGCUGAUGUUUGUUUUAAGUGUUUUUUCAGUCAUUGACAAUAAACUGUCUAUCUAUAAAUUUUAUGUAUACAUAGCAACCCUUUGAUUGGUGCCUUUCUAAGAAUUGAUUGUAAUUAUUUCUGUAAAGUAUGAAUUUUUUGAGGUCAUGUCUGAUAAUAAAAUAAACACAGCAACAAACUUCUACAGAA